AUGGUGGAGACGGGCGGCGUUCGCUCCUCUGGUUCUUCGCCCGUGUCGUCGGCGCUGCCGCCGCUACCGCCGCCGGGGCUGCCGCUGGCAGGGACGGCGGUAUCUGUGGGCGACCCCCUGGGGCCGUCCAGCCUGCCCUGCCUCGCCCCGCUGCCCCACUACCCCUACCCGGCUUACCUCCACCACCUGACACAGUACAUGGGGGCCACCGACCCCCUCAAGCAGUACCUCACCUCCAGCGACCCCCUCAAGCAGUACCUCACCUCCAGCGACCCCCUCAAGCAUUACCUCACCUCGGAGCACCUCAAGUACCUGCUGCCGGAGCACAUGAGGCUCUACCUGGGCCAUGACCCCCUCAAGGGCUACUCCAACGACCACCUCAAGAUGCCGCUACAGAUGGUCGACCCCCUCAAGAGCUACGCCUCCGCCUCCGAGCAGCUGAGAUGUCUGGCGUCUGGAGAGGCCACAGAGGCCGGGGUGCUGCCGCCGGCCUCCCGCGCCCCGUCCUCCGUCUUCACCAUCGAGAGUCUCCUGGCCCCCAGGACCUCCGUGGCUGGGGCGCCGCGCCUGCCACCCUCGCCCUUCCCCACGCUGCCACGCUCACACUACGACCUCUUAGGACCGUCUCAGUACCCAGGUCUCUACUCAGCCUCUCUCUUCGGCGGGUCGGGCGCUGGGGGCAAGAGGAAACGAAGGCACCGAACUAUCUUCACUGAGGAACAACUGGAGGAGCUAGAGAGAACCUUCGCCAAGACCCACUACCCUGAUGUCCUGCUUCGGGAACAGCUCGCCCUCAAGGUCGACCUGAAGGAGGAAAGAGUCGAGGUGUGGUUCAAGAAUCGUCGUGCAAAAUGGCGGAAACAGAAGCGCGAGGAACAAGAACGACUGAGACGACUACGGGACGACUCCACCACGACUCCUCAGCCCAGCGUCGCCCACGACCCCGCCCACGCCCACCACCACGCCCCCGACGAUGACGUCCGCGACCCAGAUCUGAGCAGUGAUGAGGACGGGCCUCACGACGCCCUCAGGAGCUCCGCGACCGACGGCACCAAGCUGUCGUCUUCAGGAUCGUCGCCGCCGAAGUCGCUGCAGCAGGAGGGAAGUAACGACCCCAGCGGCGUGCCUCAAGGGCUUCCGUUCUUCUCGCCGGCCAAGAUGGCGGCGGUGGAGGCGGAGAGCAAGAGGAUGGAGAGCCUCCCGUCCCCACACCGCCCGUCCCACGCCUACCAGGAGCUGCCCGUCACCACCGCGCCCGCCCCUGCGUCCUCGCACGCCCUCGCUGGAAGUCUGGAGGCCGCCGCGCCCUCCCUGGCCCAGCAGGCGUUUCUCCUGGCCGCUGAGGAUCUCCACGCGGCCAAGAGGAGACGAGUUUCGGCCGAGUGUUCCGAGAUAGAGCUGACGUAACUUGUGACGCCUCACCGUCGACCAGCGUCACCCUUGACGGUCAGCGUCACCCCCUGCAGCGCUCGGCCAGCGUCACCCCCUGCAGCGCUCGGCCUGCGUCACCCCCUGCAGCGCUCGGCCAGCGUCAC